CGGGAAAAAGUUUAGUGCGAGAAGUUUUGUUACCCAGCAAAUCCGGGUGUGGACACCGUGGGGUUGUUAGAUUCCCGAUAAGACCUAGGUUUUGGUAUCGACAAUUUGAUUUUUUAAGAGAUAUCUAAAAUCGCUUUAUUUCCGUGUAAUGGCUUCGAACCAUCUUCCGGCUUAUGCCUUGGAAAAAGUGAAACAGAUAGCCACGGAGCACGGCUUCACCGAGGGAAGCUACCGGCUCGAAACAGAACCAGGCCCAUUAAAUGGAUUUAUCGGUCAAAUGGUGCGGGUAAGCAUUCAAGACGAUGACACAGGCAAAAAGUUGACGCUCAUGUGUAAGGUCCCACUGGAAGAUCGAGACCUCCGGGAGCGCUUCAACUCGAUGGCCCUUUUCGAGCGGGAGAUAUUCGUUUACAGGGAAAUAUUUCCGGAGUUGGAACGGAUUCAACUGGAGCAUGGGCUACGGAAGGAUGAUCCGGAUGGGUUCUGGAACUACCCGAGUUGUUACUGGGCUUCGUAUGAUGGAGAAAGAGAGGAAGCGAUUUUGAUCAUGGAAGAUCUUCGUGAACGAGACCUUGAGCUGAAAAACUUUUUGGUUCCGCUUGAUUUUGACCAUUGCAGAGCGGUUUUCGAAGUUUUAGGUCGCUUGAACGCUUGCUCGUUUGCUUUGAAAGAGCAAAAACCGAAGGUCUUUGCAAAGAUAAAGAAAUUAAAUGAUCUUCUCUGCACGGCUAUGAUGACUAGCCAGACAAAACCGUUGUCAAACAGAAAUUGUAAACUGGCAGCAUCCGUUUUCACCGAGGAAAAUGAAAUUCACCUGCGUGAUAAGCUUUUAUCACUGAAGGACUGCAUUUGGGAGAGGACCAAAAUUCUGAUGGACAGCGAUAAGGCCGAACCUUAUGGCGCAUUCAAUCAUGGAGAUUGUUGGACAAACAACAUCAUGUUUGGCUAUGAUCCUGUAACGAAGACUCCGGCUGAUGUAGUUUUGUUAGACUUUCAAAUGGCACGCUACAGUUCUCCAGUGUUGGAUUUUAUUGGACUUCUGAUGAACUGUGGCGAGGUCAAUUUGCGUAGGGAAAGAUUUGAGUCAUUGGUGGACGCAUUUUAUCGAAGCUUUUGCGCUACUUUUCGCAAACUUGGAGGCGAUCCAGUUAAAAGUUUCCCUUACAAAGCAAUCGAGGAGCAGCUAAAGCGGUUUGGAGCUCAAACAUUUGCCAUGGGUACAUUCUGUAUGCCAAUUUUGGCUCAGCUUGAACCAGAAUUUUUCGAAGACAGCGAUAAAAACCGAAUUUUGGAUAAAUACAGGAACAAAUGGGAACAUUAUGAACAGUUGAUCAGGGAUCUGGUGCAUGAUACCGAACGUUUUGACGAUCUUUAGAAAUAAAAUAAUUUUUUUGAA